UGUCGCCCAGAACGGCUUCUCAGUGGCCCUGGUCUCCAAGCUGUUCCCCACCAGGUCUCAUACCAUAGCCGCGCAGGGAGGGAUGAACGCUUCCAUUGGCAGCAUGCAUGAAGAUAAGUGGCAGUGGCAUUUCUACGAUACUGUGAAAGGUUCCGACUGGCUGGGAGACCAGGACUCCAUACAAUUGUUGACACGUGAAGCGCCGAAUGUGGCUUUCGAGUUGGAAAACAUGGGGAUGCCGUUCUCUCGCACCAAGGAAGGCAAGAUCUACCAGAGAUCCUUCGGGGGAGGCACCACCCACAACGGGACUAAACCGGCCAAGCGCACUUGUGCUGUUGCCGACAGAACUGGCCACGCUUUGCUCCACACUCUCUACGGCUACAGCACGCAGUUCAAAAACAUUGACUCUUUCACGGAAUUCUUCGUUCUGGACCUCCUGGUGCAGGAUGGGGAGGUGGUGGGGUGUCUGGCGAUAGACAUGGACGAUGGCAGCUUGCAUAGAUUCCAAGCCAAGAAUACAGUGAUCACGACCGGUGGCUACCCUCGCAUGUAUUUCUCGUGCACAGCAGCGCACACUUGCACAGGGGACGGGUGCGCGAUGGCAAGCAGGGCUGGCAUUCCCUUGCAGGACAUGGAGUUCAUACAGUUCCAUCCUACAGGAAUGUACGGCUCCGGUUGUCUGAUGACGGAAGGUUGCCGUGGAGAAGGCGGCUUCUUGAUCAAUAGUAAUGGUGAAAGAUUCAUGGAGAAGUAUGCUCCCAAAGCCAAGGAGCUGGCCAGCCGAGACGUGGUCUCACGGGCUAUUGCUACUGAAAUCAGGGAAGGUCGUGGUGUGGGUCCAAAGAAAGACCACAUGUACCUUCAGCUCCACCACCUGGGUAGCGCCAUCAUUGACGAGCGCCUCCCCGGCAUAUCAGAGACUGCCCUGACCUUCACCGGAGUCGACGUCCACAAAGCCCCGGUGCCUAUCAUCCCUACCGUCCACUACACCAUGGGGGGAAUUCCGAUCAAUUAUAAAGGAGAGGUGAUUGUCUACCAAAACGGUCAAGACUGUGCCGUGCCCGGUCUAUACGCGGCCGGGGAAGCAGUGAGCAACUGCCACGGAGCGAACCGACUGGGUGCCAACUCUAUCUUGGACAUCGUAGUGUUUGGCCGGGCGAUUGGACAGAACAUCACUAAUGAGUUCAAGCCGGGGCAGACGCAGCCUACUUUGAAAGACAAUAUAUGUGAAGCGACUUUGGAAAACCUGGAUAAAGUGCGGAAUGCCAAUGGCUGCGCGCCCGUGCACGAGCUGCGGGAGGCAAUGAGGAACACAAUGCAGAACAAGUGUGGGGUCUUCAGGACUCAGUUGUUACUUGAUGAAGGAGUAAGAGAAAUCCAGAAAUGGUUCAAGGCUUUCGACAAGAUCCGGGUGGUGGACCGCCAUCACAAUUGGAACAGUGACCUGACCGAGACACUGGAAUUACAGAACAUGUUGCAACUGGCCGUUCAGGUGGUGGCGUGCGCCAGGAACAGGACGGAGAGUAGGGGCGCCCACUUCAGGGACGAUCACCCUAAGAGAAUUGACGAGAUGGAUUAUUCUAAGCCCACUGAGGGGCAGGCAAGUUUCCCCAUAGAGCAACAUUGGCGAAAGCAUUCCCUGUCAUCUCUGGACCUGACCACCGGCCAAGUCUGCAUUUCUUUCAGACCAGUCAUUGACAAGACCCUGGAUGAUGAGGUGGAGACGGUACCACCAGUGCCAAGAGUGUAUUGAUGGUAUAAAUUAAAUGUUGUUAGUUUCGUAAUAAAUUUUGUAUUUUUUAA